AUGGCAAUCUCAAGCUUUCCGUGGGGCUUAACUAAAGCUUUACUUGCCUCUACUUACCUUCAUUCUCUAUGCGCCUCAGCAAGCCCGACGAUAAAUGUUGGCCUGCAGGCGUCCUUUACAGCAUCGCCCUACCUCCUUGAGCUAUUAGAAACUGCGGCAGACGAGAACUCCACUUCCUAUUUCCCCUUGCUGGAUCGAAUCGCUGAUGGCUAUUUUUCCAAGUCUUCCACGGACAAAGAGCUGUACGAGAAGUUCCUCGAGAUUCUCAAGGAGGAUGGGCAUAUGCCGGAUACGGAAUCGCUUUCCUCUUACCAGUUUGCACUGUCGAUGCGAUCAGCGGCCCCUCGGAUAGAAGCACAUUACCAAUACUACUAUACUGCCGCGGAGCCGUCUCUAGCUGGUGCAAGGACUGAAUCGUGCCCGUCAUGGGUGUUGUUAAACAACAAGCAGUAUUGUUCUCCCGCGUUGGAUACGGCGAAUGCAGAUAUUGAAGGGAAUCAGCAAGUGCAGGAGCUUCAGUUCGAUCGAAUAAUAGGCAAUAUCUCAGCGCCUGCAUCAAUUCUCUAUGCUGAUAUUACCUCACCGACGUUUGGUCACUAUCACAAGACGCUUGUGAAGACCGCUCGUGAAGGCAAGACGUCUUACAGAAUUCGUCACAAAAAAGCCCUUUCUCAAAACUCUGAUUCUCAUAUCUUUCCUGGAUACGGUGUCGAGCUUGCAUUGAAAAGGACUGACUACAUUGUCAUUGACGAUCGUGAAGGCGAGCAGGAAACCGUUGAGAUAGACUCUGAGAAGAAGGAAGUUAAAUUUGAGGAUGAAGAAUUUGCCGAUUUGAAACCGUUGUCUAGCUCUGAAUUGCUAGGCCUAGGUCUGAAAGCAUCCAGCUUUAUAUUGGAGAGCGAGAAGCCGUUUGAUACACUAGUGAAACUCUCCCAAGAUUUCCCAAAAUAUUCUAGCGCUAUAGCAUCUCACAAUCCCACUAAGGAAUUCGUUGCGGAACACGAAUAUAACCGCGCUCAGCUUGUUCCUGCAGGUUACAAUGUCUGGUGGAUGAACGGCAUUCAGAUGGUUGAUCGGGACAUCGAAGCUUUGAAGUUUUUGGAUAUGUUGCGCAAGGAACGAACACUAAUCAAUGGUGUUCGGAAUCUUGGCUUAACGGGCCAAGAAGCAAUCCAACUAUUAUCUCACGAGAAUAUUGCAAACGUAAAAGGUGAAAACGAACCACAGCGGUAUGAUUGGAGGGACGAUGAAGAGGGAGGCAAAGUCAUAGUAUGGAUGAAUGAUAUCGAAAAGGACAAACGAUAUGAAGACUGGCCCACUUCCCUCCAAGCACUCUUGCAACGAACCUAUCCGGGGCAAUUGCCAACCGUCAGAAGGGAUUGCUUCAAUUUAGUUCUCCUUGUCGACUUUACAAGCCCAGAGGAUGUUCAUCUAAUCGUCGAGCAGCUUCGUGGGUUCGUUCAAAGAAAGCUUAACAUACGCAUUGGGCUGGUGCCCAUUGUUCAAUCCGUUCACUCAUUGGAGCAGGCACGAGUCGUGUACUAUCUAGUCGACAGCUACGGAUUGUCUACCGCAAUACUAUACCUUGAAAAAUCCCUCGCCGCGGGGAAGUUAUCCGCUCCGAGCAAAUCAGUCUUUGAGGCAGCGAUCGAAGGUCGGAAUCCCAAGCCUGAGAAAGUCACCCGCGCUGUAAGCGAAGUAUUGAAAUCCGAUGAUUAUCAAGACCACAUUGAAGCAGUUAAACAAUGGACAGUCCGACUUUCAACAGACUCCACCAUCCCACCGCUCUUCAUUAACGGUGUUGUGCUUCCACGGACUGAAAAUUGGUUGCAAAUAAUGAGCCAAAGGGUAACGUCUGAUCUGCAGGCUAUCCAGACAGCCAUUUUCCAAGACUUCUUUGAGCACGAUUCCUGGGUGCCGUCUUUAUUUAUGGCUUCUGCGGCGAAACGAAGGAAUUCAUUGAUUGUGCCGGAAGAUGAAAAGAACUUGAAAAUCUUCGACGUAAACGAACUUCUCGUCGACAACCAGGACUUGUUCCAUGUCAUGCCGCAUAUUGAUGUGGGAACUGAGUCAGCGAAAGAGGAUUGGGCUCAUAUGACAGUUGUUGCUGACUUGGAAUCUGAAGGGGGUGUGAAACUUCUUGCCACGGCAGCCAUCUUCAGAGAAGCAAAUCCAUCAAUCGAACUCGCCAUAAUGCAUAACCCUUCAGAUGGCAUCGUCGACACUGGUUUUAGUUACGACCUAUUCGCUCGAAUGGAAGAACAACCCGCAAAAAUCCAAACCGUGAAUGGCAUCACUGAUAUGCUGUCGUCGGAGAAAUCUGUCGAAGUUGAGCCAAUUGAACAAGCAGCAAAGGCAUAUUGGCAUCAGGCUGCACCUUUCAUCAAGUCUCUGAACCUCCUAGCUGGCGAAAACGCUAUUCUACUUAAUGGCCGGCUCGUGGGACCUAUUCCAAGUUCAGUCGAUAUAAGCAACGAGGACAUGAUACAGCUUCUCUCGUAUGAGAAAAGCAAACGCGGCGUCCCAGUUUACUCUUCCAUGGAAGCACUUGGCCUUGCAGAAAAAAUCUCGAGUCCACAAGACGCUGCCAAGGUUAUAUCUAUGGUAGCAAUUUCGACAAUAUCAGACACACCAGAUGGAAUGUUUGAGCAGGCGUCCACAGUGAGAAUGGCCAAGUUCGACAUUUGGAACUCGACAUACACCAUGAUUGAAGUUGGAGAUAUUUCCUCGGCCACGAUACAAAUGACGGUGCUGAUAGAUCCUGCUAGCGAGCAGUCUCAGAAAUGGAUUCCGAUACUGAAAACACUUUCCGAACUAGACGGGGUGUACGUUAAGCUGUAUCUCAACCCAAAAGACCGACUACAGGAACUUCCCGUCAAGCGCUUUUAUCGAUAUGUCAUCGAUUCGAAACCCUCUUUCAACGAAGACGGCUCCCUAAAAGCUUUGAAAGCUUCCUUUACCGGCGUCCCUCAAGAAGCGCUUCUCACUCUGAAGAUGGAUGUUCCACCAGCUUGGCUCGUCGCUCCCAAAGUUUCUAUCCACGAUCUUGAUAACAUCAAGCUCAGUUCUGUAAAGUCGGAUGUUGAAGCUUUGUAUGAGUUGGAGCACAUUCUAAUAGAAGGCCAUUCUCGUGAAGUGCCUGGCGGUGCUGCUCCUCGUGGCGCACAGCUCGUUCUUGGAACCGAGAGAGACCCUCAUUUUGCCGACACUAUCAUCAUGGCUAAUCUGGGUUACUUUCAAUUUAAAGCUAAUCCUGGCUACUACAAAAUAAAGUUGCAGGAGGGACGGAGCGAAGAGAUUUUCAACAUUGACAGUAUCGGUGCGAAAGGCUGGAGCCCUGCACCUGGUGAUGAAAACUCCGAGGUUGUCUUGAUGAGCUUUCAGGGCACGACACUUUAUCCGCGCCUAUCGAGAAAACCUGGGAUGGGGGACGAAGACGUGCUGGAAUCGAAGACCGAUUCGCCUAUGGACUUUGUUUCUCGGGGUCUCAACUUCGCGCAAGGGAUCUUGGGCAAAGGCAAAUCGAUUGAAACGAAAACGAGCGAAAACGCCGAGAUCAACAUAUUCUCAGUGGCUAGUGGCCAUCUUUACGAACGUAUGCUGAACAUAAUGAUGGUCUCUGUCAUGAAACACACGAAGCAUACCGUUAAAUUCUGGUUUAUCGAACAAUUCUUGUCACCGUCCUUCAAAGAUUUCAUUCCUUACAUGGCUGAGGAGUAUGGAUUUCAAUACGAAAUGGUUACCUUCAAAUGGCCUCAUUGGCUCCGAGGGCAAACUGAGAAGCAACGUGAGAUUUGGGGGUAUAAGAUUCUCUUCCUCGAUGUCCUCUUCCCUCUUUCGCUCGACAAGGUCAUUUUCGUGGAUGCUGACCAGAUCGUUCGCACUGAUAUGAUUGAAUUGGUCAAUCACGAUCUCAAAGGUGCACCUUAUGGCUUCACGCCAAUGUGCGAUAGUCGAACUGAGAUGGAAGGGUUCAGAUUCUGGAAACAAGGCUACUGGAAAAACUUCCUUCGUGGUUUACCCUACCACAUUUCGGCCCUCUACGUCGUUGAUCUGCACAAAUUCCGUCAAAUCGCUGCUGGGGAUCGCUUACGUCAACAAUACCAUCAACUGUCUGCAGACCCAGCGAGUCUGAGCAAUUUAGAUCAAGAUUUGCCCAAUCACAUGCAGGCCAUGCUUCCAAUCCAUAGCCUACCCCAAGAAUGGCUCUGGUGCGAGACUUGGUGUAGCGAUGAGGCGCUGAAGGAGGCGAAGACAAUUGAUCUUUGCAACAAUCCUCUCACGAAGGAGCCAAAGUUGGAGCGUGCUAGAAGACAAGUUCCGGAGUGGACAGUGUAUGAUGAUGAGAUUGCCGCUGUAGAUAGAAAGAGGAAGGGCUUGCCUGUGGAAGGUAAAAACGAGAAGAGUAGAACAAUGGAGGUUAUGAUUGAGACCCCAGAGACAAAGAAGAAAGGGGACAAAGAUGAGUUGUAG